GUCCCUGCCUCAGUUCUUGCGGCGCGAGCCCGGGGUGCGCGCGGAGAGGCCACGAGGAGGCAGCAGUUCCUCUCAGGGUUCAUCAAUGAGGAUUUGCAGAAGCUCACCCAGUGGCACGGCAUGCGACCGAUCCAUGAGCAGAAACGCUUCCUCCGUGGUCUAGAUUCGCUGUACAAGGCUUACGAUCGUGUUAGCAGCGGCCAGCCCAUUCAGGCCACAAAGACAAAAGUGCCAAGCGAGGCAGAGCUAGCAGCCGCUGCAGCAGCAGCCAAAGCAGCAGAGGAGGAGGCCAUGCAGCGUGCGGCAGAGGCUGAUCCCCUCACAGGCCCACCUCGGAGUCCUCGGGCAGCGCCCAGUGAGCCGUCAGUGGUGCCGAAUCAGCCAAUUGAGGUUUUUGAGCAAAAGAAGCGCCAAAACUUCAAGAAAAACCGGGACCCUACGGCGGACGACCCGAACACGCUCUCAAACUGGUUGGAAGGCCAGAGCUUGACCUCUCAGACUACAGCAACCACAGCAACCACAAAGCGAACCCGCUUCACAGACCUGUCCAUGACAUCCAUAGCGACGUCCAUUUGCAGUGAGCCUCCAACUACCUUCCAGGUGGACUUCCGACGACACAAAAGGGCCUUUGCCUUGAACCAGAAUGAUUGGAAGCCAGUCAAUCAGCAUGAAGCAGGCGCCUUGCGUGAUGGAUUGCCGAACAUGGGCUUACCAGACUGUGAGCGACUUCAGACCACUCACGAGGACCAGUUUGGUUCCGCCUCUGCGAAUCGAAGCCUCCACAAGAAAAUGUAUGAGAAGGUCUUGAACAGCGACCAGCACGAGUUCAUCUCAAGGUUCUUGGAGACAGCGCCUCCAGCGCAGCGAGAGCAGUUUUCUGGGAUGGUUCGGUCGCUCGAAUACCUUCGACGCGCGAAGACUAGGGAGGACACGAGCACUACAAACCUUGCUUACGACUUGCAGGAGAAUGCUCGGCUGUGGCGCCCACCGAAGCAAAGGGCAGUGUUUGAGCCCUGGGAGAUCAAUGUCUCGCGCAUUCCGCUUGGCUCCAUGCAGCAGGGGAACGGCAAGCCGCGGGUGGCCCCACCGGAGCCGGAGUUGCCGCCAGUGCCGCCAAGCCCUUCGGUGUCGGGCCUUGGCAGCCUGCCGUUGACUCGCCUACAGACGCCGCAGGUCCUCUCGGAAUGCGGCUCCGCCUGA